GGGCCUUUCGGCCCCCGAGUCUCCCAUGGGACCCGGUUGAGCUAACCGAAGCGUCGCUCUCCGCACGAGGGAAAUGAACAUCCAUCUGUACAAGUUACGCUCGAUCAACUCGUGCGGAUCAUCUCUUUCGGUUUGGAUUCGCGGGUACUGAACUGUUUGGCAGAGGAUACAAACGAAUCUGGUUUAAGUGACGCAUCAUCCGACCAGAGCUAGUUUCCGGUUAAUAGAUCUCUGACGCUCACAGUUGACCUCUCUUCAUCACUCAAUGCCCACCGUCGGUCCUCGAUCUGGUGAUGCAAUCUUCGCAAAUGUUGAGCGAGUGAAUGCAGAGCUGUUUACUUUAACCUAUGGAGCAAUUGUGCGUCAAUUGCUUACAGACCUGGAGGAGGUUGAGGAAGUCAACAAACAACUCGAUCAAAUGGGUUAUAAUAUAGGCACUAGAUUGAUUGAUGAAUUUCUAGCAAAGGCUAAUAUCUCCAGAUGUGUUGACUUCAAGGAGACAGCCGAAAUGAUUGCUAAGGUGGGUUUCAAGAUGUUCUUAGGAGUCACUGCAUCAGUGACCAAUUGGGACAUCGAGGGAACCUGUUGCAAUAUGGUUUUGGAGGAGAAUCCCUUGGUAGACUUUGUGGAGCUUCCUGAUACAUGCCAAGGCCUAUAUUACUGCAACGUCUUAUGCGGGGUCAUCAGAGGGGCCUUAGAAAUGGUGUCGAUGAAGACUGAAGUCACAUGGGUCCGAGAUGUGCUCCGAGGGGAUGAUUCGUAUGAGUUGCAGGUGAAACUUCUGAAGCGAGUCCCAGAAGAGUACCCGUACAAAGACGAUGAAUAAACUCGUCUGUUUGCAGUUCAUCACGGCCUUUCUUCUGCCUUGUGUCCGGGAGGGGAGUGUCAAAUAGCUAAUAUGUUCCCUUCUUAAUGAUGUGUUUUUCUUUUCAGUAUUGGAGGGAUCAUCGAUGCCGAUGGCUUUUCGGUUUCAGUCGUUAUAUUAAGUUACUCUUUGCCAAACCGAGCCCAACAUGACUGCAAACUGACUCUUGAUUCUUCUU